UUAAUUUGAUUUUGUUUUGGAUCCUUUUCUUCCCUCUCUUACAUCUCUCAACCAUUCUUUCUGUGUAUCUAUGUUCUUUCAUGGAAUCCGUACAAUUCACACGGCAUUUUCACCAUUCUCAAUUCCAUUUUAUGAACAAACAAUCUCCCAAACUCAAAUCCAAAAUUUCCUUCAGGACCUUUUGUGUUUCUUCUUCUCAUUCUGCUUCUUCUUCCACUCUCACCAAAACCCAGAAUCUGAGUGAUUCUGCAACCGUAGUUCCUGAAAAAAAGCGCAGGGCUAAGGCUUCUAAUACCCAAUUCAAAGAGAAUUGGUUGGCUUCACUCUCUUACCCUUUUCCAGAAAAGACCCAUCUUUUGAAUUGUGAGCAUGACCCGACCCAACAAAAUGACGGGUCCAAAUGGGUCCUUGGAAUUGACCCAGAUGUCUCUGGUGCAGUUGCACUGUUGAAAACGAACGGUUCCGUUUGUUCAGCUCAGGUAUUUGACUCUCCUCAUGUGAAAAUACUUAUUGGCCAGAAAAAUAGGACCCGCAGGCGCUUAGAUGCCAAGUCUGCUGUCCAGUUGGUUCGUAGUUUUGAUGCUCCAAUUGGAACCACUGCGUAUAUAGAGCAGUCGCUCCCUUUUCCACAAGAUGGGAAACAGGGCUGGUGGAGUGGAGGAUUUGGAUAUGGGCUAUGGAUUGGCAUCUUAGUUGCCUCAGGGUUUUCUGUUAUUCCAGUGCCAUCUUUCACUUGGAAAGCGAAAUUUGAACUCUCUGGAAGCAUGACUUCUAAGGAUGAUAGCAGGAGACUGGCAUCCACAUUAUUUCCAUCACUGACUUCCAUGUUAAGUAGGAAAAAAGAUCAUGGAAGGGCAGAGGCUUUACUAAUUGCAGCAUAUGGUCAAGAUCAAAGCAAAAGCUUGGAACCAUCUUGUUGUGACAAUGUUCACAAUUUUGAAACAUGAAAAUUAGCAUCUGUAAUUUGACUACCAUCUGUAAUUUUGGCUAAAAUAGUAUUGUAAACUUUUUGUUUGCUGUCUUA